CUUCAGGGGAUCCAACGCUCUCAUACAGACAUACAUGCAGGCAAAACACCAAUGUAGAUAAAAUAAAAAUAAAUUAUUUUUUUAAAAAAGAAAUCAGACAAGAGUUGGAUGCAAUCACAAAUGCACCCGCGUGGUGCUAUGUAGAAUAAAUACUAUUAUAUCUCCACGUUUAAUUUCUAAAGAACCCAGAAGAACACACAGACUACAUCUUUUAAAGUUGUAAGAUUUUCAAAGAUUGGCUGUCAUGUUGGAAAAGCCAAAGCUCCCCUACAGGGCAAACAACACUUUCAGAAUGACAGCAAGGAACAUUCUAAGAUAGAUGUUGAAUCAUUUUAUGCCAAUUAGGACAAAGGGAAUUCACUGUGGAGGAAGUUUGUGUGAGAAGACAGAGUAGGAGGAGCAGAAAGGGAGAGUAUAAAGUCAGAGGCAAGGAUUGCUCCUGUGUGUGCCAUCUGCAGACAACUAGAGGUGAUGAGACAUCUUGUGGGCUGGCUGUUGUUAGCUGUCUGCAUGUAUGGACUGGAUGCAGACUUGAUUUCCUAUUUACACCCCCCAGAGGAAGAAUUUCCUGCGCAAAACUGUACUUUUCCGUUCAUCUAUAAUGAGGUAGUCUACCACAGCUGCAUCUCUGUGCACAGUGACUUUGAUUGGUGCUCCCUUGAUUAUUAUUUCCAAGGAAGGUGGAGAUACUGCAAAGCAUUUGAUCCUCCAAUAUGUAUCUUCCCUUUCCAAUUUGGAAAAAAGUCCAUUAACGAAUGCACCAAGCAAGGCUACAUUUUGAAUCGGAGUUGGUGUUCAUUGACUAACAACUACAACAGAGAUAGGAAAUGGAAGCAAUGCUCUCCUUACAAUGACUGAGGCUUCAGUCCAAGAGCUGUUGUUGCCCACAUUUAGUUUUUAGGUAAGCUGUGUGCUUUUGAAGAGACAGAAGUUACAGAUUCAUUAGUUGCUUCUCUAGCUACAAUUCUCUGUCAUUAAGAAGUAUUAUGAUAAUAAAUGUCUAUGCUCUUGUC